AUGGGCGAUGUUUCAUCGGACCACUCUCAGAGUUCCGGAGAUGGGAUCGUUGAAGAGACUAUGUUACCCGAGCGUGAACCCAUCUCGGGGAAGAGCGACCAGGGCUCUUUAGGUGAUCCUUCCUCGGACCUGACACAAAGCAUCGAACCACCAGGAAUCUCACGCCAGACCACAGAUUCAACAAAUGAGCAUCAAUCAGCCUCGCUCGAGCAUUCGGCUUCUGAUGUUCACAGAGCAAACCCGCCGUCAUUGAACAUGAGCGAGAUAGUAUCUGCAUUGCCGUCUUAUCAGAGUCCGUCACGAUCGUUUCUGCAACAGAACAUCCAAAUGCAAUUCGUUCCAACUCAUCAGCCACAGGGAAUGAUGUACCCAGUUGCGCAGAUGCCUUACGCCAGCCCGAAUGCUCCAGGAGGUGCAAUUUACAACAUGCCCUACUCCCCGCCUUUCCACAAUGCGUACAUACACCAGAACCCGCAGCUUCAGGGAGCUUACUCGCCCUACCCUACUCCCCAUCAUCAAAGUGGAGCGCCCAUGCAUCCACAUUCUCCGGGAUACAGUCAUCCAUUCUAUACGCAGCACCAGUACAGUCCUGGAUACGGCGAGCUGCAAGGUGUAACGCCGAAUACGCGCAUAGAAGGACAAACGCAAAUAUUCCAUCACUAUCGCCAGGCUCAGCUGGGAAUCACUACAAGGGAAUCGGAGAAACAAAGGGCCUCGGCGGGCUAUGAUGUCUCCUCAACCAUUGUCGACGGAUCAUCACGCAUGAAGCAGUCGGGGGCUCCUCUAGCCGCUUUGGGUCACAAUUCUGCACGGCAAUCAUCUGUAGUUAUUCCCAUCAUACCACCACGAGGUCCUCCACGGAAACCCAAGCAAUCGGGACACGCUUUAUGGGUUGGCAAUCUUCCCCCCUCGACCAACGUUGUUGACCUGAAAGAUCAUUUUUCCAAAGAUGCAACCAGCGACAUUGAAAGUGUGUUCUUGAUUUCCAAGAGCAAUUGUGCCUUUGUGAACUAUAAAAGUGAGGCUGCUUGUGCUGCAGCUGUGGCUAGAUUCCAUGACUCCAGGUUCCAGGGAGUACGUUUGGUCUGCCGAUUGCGUAGAGGUGCCACUGCAGCUAGUUUUGGCCAAAACAACCCGUUGUCUGCUCGACCUAGCGAUGAGGGAGAAGCUCAGGCUCAAGAAGAGGGGAAGGAGAAAAGGGCGGCAGAGGAGCGUCUUGUCAGCCAUUCCCGACGGCCUUCCAGAGUCCCCGAUAGAUUCUUCAUCGUCAAAAGUUUGACAUUGGAAGAUUUAGAGCUCAGUCGUCGAAGUGGCAUCUGGGCGACACAGACUCACAACGAAGCAGCUUUGAACCGAGCAUAUGAGUCUGCGGACAAUGUGUACUUGAUUUUCUCAGCGAAUAAAUCCGGAGAGUAUUUCGGUUAUGCAAGAAUGGUGUCUGCCAUCACUGAUGAUGAGGCGCUCGCUCUUGAGGCGCCACCGCGGCCCGAGAUUCCUCCAAGUGAAGCUGAUGAUCUGGAGGUGAUUCCCACUGAAGCGACAGAAACGGCUCCGAAAGGGCGGAUUAUCGACGACUCAGCGCGCGGAACGAUAUUUUGGGAAGCGGAUUCAUCCGAAGACAGCAACGAUGAUAACGACGACGGUGCGGAUAGCCAGGGCAAUGACAACAGCGAUAACGACGAGGAGAACGAUGACAAUAGGCCUGGCGAAGAUGUUAAGAACGAGAAGGGUGCGGCGGAGUUGGGCGGAGAGGAUCUCGCAGCUGGUGGCCAGACAUUUGGGAAGCCGUUUCGAAUUGAAUGGAUCUCCACUGAGAGACUUCCCUUCUAUCGUACGCGAGGUCUUCGCAAUCCGUGGAACUCCAACCGGGAGGUCAAGAUUGCUCGCGAUGGCACUGAAAUUGAACCCAGCGUGGGACGGAAGCUGAUCCAGCUGUUUCAUAUUCAUCCCAGCGCGAUGUCGUCCGGCGCACAGCAGGGCCCGGGAUUCCAGCGGCCAUAUUGA